UUGUGCGGGAAAAGUCACUCUCUGUGGUACAAUUGGGAACGGUCCAGCCCUUUACUAUUGUUGUCGUCUAUUCUUUACUUCGUCAGAGCUGGAGAAGAGUUACGGCGUGAGGCGGCUGAGAUCUCACGGCUCCUAAGUUCACCGAAAACCCCAAUCCCUCUCAGUGUAUGGUUAUGGACGUUGUUUGGAUGUUCUUUAGUGGUUCUUUGUGGAAUACUUCCUGCUUUCCUGUUACCUGCUAACACUAACGAGUAUCUUCGGACUGAAGGCAGACAUAAUCUCAGCUUGCUUCUAUCAUUCGCAGUUGGCAGUCUUCUUGGAGAUGUUUUUCUUCAUCUUUUACCGGAAGCAUGGGUUGAUAUCGAACACAUUGGACUAUGUACAAUGGGCGGUCUUUUAAUUUGUUCUUUGGUCGAGAAACUCUGCAGUACAACGGAAGAAAGCCAGCAUAAGGUUUGUGCAAUUAUGAAUCUAGUUGCCAAUUUGGUGGAUAACUUUACGCAUGGGUUGGCGGUUGGUGCCAGCUUUUUAGUAUCACCAAAGUUCGGAAUGAUGACGACCUUUGCUAUUCUCGUACACGAAAUUCCACACGAAAUCAGUGAUUUCGCAAUUCUUCUCCGAGCAGAUUUCGAUCGACUCCAAGCUGUGAAAGCCCAACUAGUGACCGCUUUCGGAGGUGUAGUUGGUGCUUGUGCUGCACUCUGGCUGCAAAGUAGCGCAGUACAAUCGAUUGAUUGGAUCUUACCAUUCACAGCUGGAGGAUUUAUUAAUAUAUCACUCGCACAGAUUCUACCUGAGCUCAAUCAGGAAACUAGUCGGAGGUGUUUUAUCGAACUUUACCCUUCAGUUAAGUUCCUCGUUAAAGCUCAGUUUCAGGCAGAACAUCAAACAACUGGUGAUGAUUUUACUAGGACUCUUUCUCUUGCCGAUGUGUAA